GAUGUAUUCAGGGGGAAAUCAGAUGAGGCCCCCUGGUUACCCUGGUAACCAGAUACAGGGUCAAGGUCAGGGUCCCCCCUCAGCACAUGACCUCUGGUCCCCAGAUGACCCCGGAGAAGCUACAGCACUUUGGCUACCAGCAGCCUUCUCAGCCUCUUCGCAGUAUGGCUGGAGUAGGGGGGUCGCGCCUGUCUCAUUAUGCUGGACCAGGAGUAGCACAAGGCCAAACCGCACAGUAUCAGGGUUCCUAUGGGGGGAUGCCCUCCCAGCCCGCUCCCUCCCCUGGGGGAACCCACCCUACACCACCCCCGGUGUCCCCCAUGUCUCCAAGGGGUGCGACUGAUCGGCUGGGCCACCCACCAUCAAGUCAUGGGAACUUCAGCAAAUCCAGUCUACAACAACUGGAGCAGUUGGUCUCCCCGGGGAUGUCACCUGGGAUGGGUAGCACACCCGUUUCCUCCGGGGCAGUGGGAGCACAGCAAUACAUGCAGCAGAACUCCAGCAUGGCCCCUGGCAUGCAGUUGAGUCCGCGCAUGCCUUCCAAUGCCAUGCCCAAUGCCUCAUCCUUUGGAAACCAGAGUCUUAGCUCGGCUGGCAGUGGGCCCAACCAGGCCGGAGGACCCCCAGGGGCCUUCAGCCAGGCCAAUAACAUGGGAAUGAUCAAUGUAAAUACAAGCAUGGCGAACCAGAAUAUGAACCGAAGUGUCGGGAACCAAAUGAGCCCUCAGAUGAGUCCGAGAACAAACGUGGAUCCCAAUCUGGGGGUGAAAAUUCAGCAGGUACAACAACAGCUUCAGCAGCUGAUUAACAUGCCUCAAAACCCGCACGCUCAAAAACAGAUGCUGGAUUUGCAAGAGCAGUUGCGGAACUUACGAGCUCAGCAACAGCAGCAACAAAUAAUGUUGCAGAGACAGCAGCAGCAUAUGGCACAACAACAAAAACAACAACAACAAGUGAUGCUACCACAACAGCAACAACAACAACAACCAAUCCAAGCUCAGAUGCCUGUACAAAUGAACCCUGUACAAAUGCAACAGCAACAACAACAGCAACAAAAGCAUACCAUGUUGCAAAAGCAGCAGCAAAUGCAUUUACAACAACAGCAACAACAACAACAGCAGAAAACCGCCCCAGGGGUCACAGGAGCUCCCCCACCAGGGCCUCAGAUGAUGCCCAAUGUCCGAUUGUUGUCACCAAACCCUCAGCCUACUCAGCAGGUCAUGUCACCAAGAAUGAUGCAACCAGACUCCUUAGGUCCACAACCACUACCCCCUACCUCACAUAAUCAGCAGUCCAUGGCGCAGACGUUAACCAUGUCACCACCACAACAACAACCACAGACACAGACGCCAUCUAUAGGUCAGCCACCAACUAUUCUACCUCCACAGAUGGGAGAGGACCUCCAACCUCCUUCGGCCUCCUCGACUGGGUCAGAGGAAGACCAGCAGAAACGCAUAAAGAUCAAGCAAAGUCAGGAAAAGGCGAAUAAGAUCAUCCAGGAGGCCAUCGCCAAAGCCCAGGCGCAGGGAAUGGAUGUUCCUUCUGUCCAACCCCAACAGCAACUUCCGGUCACUAUUGAAGGGGUCGGUGAAGAGGACGCCACUGACCAAACGCCAGAGAAACCGAAGAAGAAACGAGCACCCAGGAAGAAAGGGGAAGGUGCCAAAAAGAGUGAGAAAAAACCCAAGACCCCGAAGACUCCAAAAACACCCAAAGAACCCAAGGAGCCGAAGACGCCAAAAGAUUCAGAAAAGGCAGCAGUGGAGGCGACAGAAGGUGAAGCAAAACCAGAAGAGAAAAAAGAAAAAAAGAAAACACCAGUCAAGGCCAAGAGUUCUACCAAGAAGAGAAAAAUGCCUCCAGCAACCUUUAUCGCAAAGAAAAAGAAGAAGCGUAAAUCUUCAGAAGGCUCCGAUGUGGACAUGGAGGUUACACCACCACCCUCGCCAAUAAUUGAUGAUUUUCAGAAACGACGAUCUGCCAGAAACACGAAGCGGAAGAAGUAUCUGGAUGACCUUGACCUUCAGUUGUCAGAAGAGGACGAGACAAAAGAAGUGGAUAUCGAAGGACAUGCUGAUGGCCUCGGCCCAGCUACAAUGAAAACGGUACAAUUCUUUGUGGAAAACCCAGCAGAAGAGGAUGCCGUGAUUGUAGAGAAAAUACUGGGGAUGAGAAUGGGAAAGAGGAAAUACUUAAAGGAAAGUGCUAUUGACGUAGAAGAUGUCCCUCUUGGAGCACCCCCCAAAUUUGAAACCCCAGAGCAAACCAAGACGACAGAAAACCCAUCAGAAUCACAAGGCACGGGGGAGGAGAAAAUGGAAACUGAUCAGAGAGAAGACAAAGAGAAUGAAGAAAAUGAAAAUGGCACAGAGGAAGGGGAAAAAGAAGAGAGAAAAGAAGUUGUCCAUGCAACCCAAGAUCCCCCAGAACCAAAAGAGGAGGAUUAUGAAGAGGUGGAAGUUGAGGAGUUCUAUGUCAAAUAUAAGAACUUUUCCUACCUGCACUGUGAAUGGAGGACAGCUGAUGAGUUAAAGGACAAAAGAAUCCACUCUAAGAUCAAGAGGUACAAAAUGAAGAGGUUACAGAUGAACAAUUAUUUUGUUGAGUUUGAUGAAGAUGACCUUUUCAACCCGGACUAUGCAGAAGUGGACCGGGUUCUCUGCAAGUCUGUCGUCACUGACCCCAACACGGGUGAAGAGUCCACGCACUACCUCGUCAAGUGGCAGUCGUUGCCGUACGAAGAGAGCACGUGGGAGCUAGAGCAGGACGUGGAUCGCAACAAAAUACAGAUGUACAACAAAUUUAACCGACCACUGACUGAGGAAGAGAAAGAGCACAAGGAAAGACCGACACCAUCAGAUUUUGAGCAGUAUGAGGAGUCUUUGGAAUACAACAACAACAACCGUCUCCGGGAAUACCAGCUGGAGGGCGUAAACUGGCUACGAUUCUGCUGGUAUAACAGUCAAAACUGUAUCCUAGCUGAUGAAAUGGGUCUAGGCAAAACCAUCCAGAGUAUUACCUUCCUCAAUGAUAUUGUCCGCUAUGGAAUCCGCGGCCCCUUCUUGGUGAUUGCACCCUUAUCCACCAUAGCCAAUUGGCAGCGCGAGUUUGAAACAUGGACGGACAUCAACGCCAUCACGUACCACGGGACCUCGCCUAGUCGUUCCAUGAUACAGGAGUACGAGUUAUACUUCAGAGAUGAAAAUGGCCAGAGGAUACCAGAUAUCUUUAAAUUUCAAGUCCUCAUCACGACCUACGAGAUCAUCAUCUCCGACUGUGAGUUGCUCAGCCAGAUAGAGUGGCGUUGUGCCGUCAUUGACGAGGCUCACAGACUCAAAAAUAGGAACUGCAAGCUUCUGGAAGGAUUGAAAAUGUUUGAAUUGGAGCACAGAGUGUUGCUGACAGGCACACCACUCCAGAACAACGUGGAUGAACUUUUCAGUUUACUGAAUUUCCUGGAACCAAAGCGCUUCAAAUCCUCAGAGGAGUUCCUCAAAGACUUCGGCGACCUCAAAACUGAGAGUCAAGUAGACAAGCUUAAACAGCUGUUGAAGCCAAUGAUGCUGAGACGAUUAAAAGAAGACGUGGAGAAGAAUCUGGCUCCGAAAACUGAAACAAUCAUCGAGGUUGAGCUGACCAACAUCCAGAAGAAGUAUUACCGUGCCAUUUUGGAAAGAAAUUUUACAUUCCUCGCUAAGGGCUCAGGGACAUCUAAUCUGCCAAAUCUUAUGAAUACCAUGAUGGAACUCAGGAAAUGUUGUAAUCACCCGUAUUUAAUCAAUGGUGCUGAAGACACAAUUUUAGAAGAGCUGAACCUUCAGAAGGGCAGCCCCCCUGAGAAACUGAUGGAGGCCAUGGUGCAGGCGUCAGGAAAACUUGUGCUCAUCGAUAAACUGUUGCCAAAAUUGAAAGCUGGGGGACACAAGAUACUGAUAUUCUCCCAGAUGAUCAGGGUGCUUGAUAUAUUGGAAGAUUAUCUCAUCAAUAGACACCACCUCUAUGAAAGGCUUGAUGGUAGAAUUCGUGGCAAUCUGAGACAGGAAGCCAUUGACCGCUUUUCCAGACCAGAUUCGGACAGAUUUGUGUUUCUGCUCUGUACGAGAGCAGGUGGUCUGGGUAUCAACCUCACUGCUGCCGACACCGUCAUCAUCUUCGACUCUGAUUGGAAUCCUCAGAAUGAUCUUCAGGCGCAGGCCAGGUGUCACAGGAUUGGUCAGACCAAGGAUGUCAAGGUCUAUCGUCUGAUUACCAGGAAUUCGUACGAGAGGGAGAUGUUUGAUAAAGCGUCUUUGAAGCUAGGGUUGGACAAGGCUGUGCUGCAGUCGAUGGGGACGAAGGAGAUGAGUGCACAAGCCCAAAUGACAAAGAAAGAACUAGAAGAUCUUUUAAAGAAAGGUGCUUACGGAGCUGUCAUGGAUGAUGAGAACGCUGGUGACGAGUUCUGCGAGGAAGACAUCGAUCAGAUCUUGCAGCGUCGUACCCAAGUUAUCCAGAUAGAAUCUGAAGGGAAAGGAUCAACAUUUUCUAAAGCCAGUUUCAACAUGUCCUCCAACCGAACUGACAUUGACAUCGAUGAUCCCAAUUUUUGGCAAAAGUGGGCCAAAAAGGCUGACAUUGAUGCCGAUUCCCUAGCAAACAGGAAUGAGCUUAUCAUUGAGAUGCCUCGCCAGCGCAAACAGACAGCCCGCUAUGGCGACCAGAAUGCCAUGAUGGAAAACAUGUCUGAACUCGAGUCCAGCAGUGACGAUGAUGACAAUGGUGUCAGCACGGGGAAGCCUGGAAAGAAGAAAGGUCGUCGUGGGCGGCGUAGAAAUGAUGAGGAGUUUGAUGAUGAUGAGGUUGAGCCAGGGGUGUACACCAGGGCUGAGUGCUUCAGGGUGGAGAAGAACCUCUUGGUCUAUGGAUGGGGUCGCUGGGAUGAGGUCCUCCGUCAUGGCCGCUUUAAAAGGAAGCUGACCACUGAGGAUGUCCUGACCAUCUCUAGAGCUAUGCUACUGUACUCUCUGAGGCAUUACCAUGGAGAUGAGAGAAUCAAGGCCUUCAUCUGGGACCUAGUGACGAAGUCGUCAGAUGGAGACAUGGCCUUUAAAAACCACUCAGGUUUGUCUGCCCCAGUCCCUAGGGGGAGAAAAGGUAGAAAGGCCAAAAAGGACCAUCAAGAUGACCUUGACAUGUCUGGCCUUGACAUUGACCCAGAUACAGUUCUCAGAGAUGACGGCUACAAGAAACACUUACAUAGACAUUCCAAUAAGGUGCUGCUCAGAGUACGGUUACUAUACUACCUGAAGCAUGAAGUGAUAGGGGACCAGACAGAGAGCAUCUUACAGGGCACACCAUCCUACGAAGUGGACAUUCCUGCCCCGGCUGCUGACGGAGAACCUCCAGUGUACUGGUGGGACGAAGAGGCAGACAGGUCUCUUCUGAUUGGAGUCUUCAAGCACGGCUAUGAGAAGUACAACCUGAUGAGAUCAGAUCCUGCCCUGGUCUUCCUGUCCAGAUGUGGUCCACCUGACGGCAAGCUGCUCCAGGCAGAACAGAAUGACAAUGACGACUUUGACAAUGAGGAUCAAGAUUUCCGGCCAGCCAACCUGAACCGCUCUGGAAAAGACGACCCCGAUGAUCUGGAUGAAGAUCUUGAUCCUGGAACACCUGCCUCAGACAUGUCCAAGUCUAAACCACAGACUCCGCAGGAGUUGCCUCAGGGUGACUCAGCAGGACUACUUCCAUUCCCCUCACACUCGGACCUGAACACGCGUCUGCGUCGUGUGAUCACAGGCUACCAGCGAAGUCAUAAGAAAGAGCAGCAGAAGAGGCAACAGAAAGCCAGGAAAAUGGAGAAAAAAGAAAAACUUGAGGCAAUCCUCAGGGAGCGUCAGAUGCAAAAGAUGGAGCAACAACAAAGCCGGUGGUCCAGGAGAGAGGAAGCAGACUUCUAUAGAGUGGUUUCAACAUUUGGUGUGGAGUUUGACCGUAAGGCUGGACGAUUCAAAUGGGACACCUUCCGCCAUAUUGGCAAGCUGGAGAAGAAGUAUGAUGAGACGCUGACAGAGUAUUACCUGGCCUUCUAUCACAUGUGCAGGAGAGUGUGCAAAAAGUUCAAAGAUGACAAAGAAGCCCGUCCACCUAACAAUGUCUAUGUAGAGCCUAUCUCUGAGGAAAGAGCCAGUCGUUGCUUGGCCAGAAUCGACCUCUUGAACAAGAUACGGGAGGAGAUUCUGUGGCACCCCAAGUUGGACGAGCGGCUCAAGCUCUGUGCAGGAAGUGCCGACAUGCCAGAUUGGUGGGUCUGUGGGACACAUGACCUUGACCUGUUAAUCGGAGCGGCCAAGCAUGGACUGGCCAGAACUGACUAUCACAUAGUGCAUGACCCCAAGCUCUGCUUUAGGGACAUCAUGUUACAAUAUGAAAAACUACAGCAGGAAAAACUGGCUCAAGCUAUGCAAGGGACAAUGACCAGAUUAAAAGACAAACCAGCCUCAAUGGGGAAAGCUGAAGACUCUCAAGAUUCCACAGAACUCGGUCACAGCACAGAACAACACCCAGAUACCACAAAGGCACCCAAAUUAGAAACCAAGGAAGAUAUUAAGGAGGAAGAGAUAGUCAAAGCAUCUGUUGAUGGAGAUACCAAACCAGAUCUCAAGACGGAAACAAAGACAGAAACAGAGGAGGAAUCCAAUGAUGUUGAAAUGAAAGAAACUGAAACCCCAUCAGAAAAUGAUGUUAAAUCAGAGGUGAAAUCUGAAGAAACUGUAAAGUCAGAGACUGCCAUGGAAGUGAAGGAGGAAAUUUCAAAUGAUGAAGUAAAAGAAGAGGUUGAGGAAGAGAAAGUUAAGGAGGAAGUUAAAGAAGUAAAAGAGGAUGAGGUUGAGGCUAAGGCUGAUGAUGCCACGACGGGAGUGAAUGGCUCACAGGAAGGUGAUGUCGUUCAGGACAAAGGGGAAGGAAGGGAACCAACCAGAGAUGAAGAGAAGGAAAAGAAGCCUCCAGCCACCCCUCCACCAUCAUCAUCAGCAGCAGUAGAGAAACAUGAGGAGGACAGACCCAUGCCAGUCUUGACUCCUGUUGCUCAGUUGUUGAACCAGAAUGAAGACACCAACCAUAGCACAGACCUUGAGGGAAUAGAUCCGUCCACAGAUCUUAUAUUUCGUCCAUUUAGAGGAAUUGGUUUCAGCUGGCCUAAGGACCGUGUAAUAUUCCAUCGACUUGAGAACGUCUGCACCUGUAUUGAGAAAGGAGAGUGGCCCGCCUACAGGAAGAUGACAGAAUACUAUGGUGACACUCCCGUUGGCACCCCUUCUUCCACUCCUCGUCCAGAGACCCCAGGAAGCAGCCGAGCAGGAACACCAGACCCUGUCUAUUUUGGAUUGCAGAAGGUGAAAAGAAAACGCCAUGGUGGCAUUGGCGGUGGUGGCGCUAAGGAAUUUAAUGUUGCUAUAUCGGAGGGUGAUGGAUUGAAACUUACCAUACAGAGAGGCAGGAAAAGUAAAAGAAAGCAGGACCUUGGGGACGUGGCCAGGUUACGUGAGCUCCUGGGUGAGAGCGAGGGAGAGCUCAGUGAGUCCAGCAUGAGCAUGCAUGACUCCAUGGCAGCCUCAGAGAGCAGCCUGCUCAAUGGCAGCAAAAAUUUGGAGUUCAGCUUGGGCGAGGAGGACACAAACCAGUCCACUUUACAGGAAUUUGGUGAAGUGAAGAAAAAGAGACGAGGACGAAAACGCAAAAUUGAUAAGCUGAUGGAGGCUGCAGCCCUGGCCGCAGCAGGCGCUUCCACCCCUAUUCCUGUUAUGCCUUCGUUUAAAAGGCCGGCAUUAGAAUUGGAUCCAGAGGGACGUGUUCCUGUGGUGAAUAUAGAAGAUGGCAGCAGACUAUCUGGGGACGAGGCCCCCAAGAGAAAAGAUCUGGAGAAGUGGCUGAGGCAUCAUCCUGGCUACAUGGCAGAUGAUGAUGAAGUAGAGGAACCCCCAGAGCCAGUUGUUUUUGAGAGGAGACGAGGACGUAAGCCUCGUGUUGACCCAGCAACAUUGGACUUGAAGAAAAUUACUGGGGACGAAAAUGUAUCUGUGAUAAACAGGGAAACGGGCAAAAAGAUCACUGGAGCAAAGGCUCCCCCACUGAAGUACUUAGCUGAGUGGUUGGAUCAAAACGCUGCAUUUGAUGUUGACCCUAAAUGGGCCCACAUCGUCAGAGAGAAGGUGAAGUUGCCUGAAAAGCUGAAAUCUCGGGUGUUGACUCCCUCAGAGCGACGCACCAAGCGAUCCACGGGAUCCCCCUACUCUAGCAUCGCUAUGUCUGAUCUAGGCUAUCCGUCUGUCUCGACCAUGAAUGCCCUCUCCAGCCUAGGUGGCCGCAUUCCGGGCUAUCCCAUGAACCUCGCCUUCGGUGGCCUCCCUGGCAUGGGUCUGACCAACCCGCUGCUGGGGUAUUCUGGUUUUGGAUUGGCCGGAAUUCCUGGGGUCGCUGUGACAACCAGCUCCUCGACCAAAACCAGUGACUCAAAAUCAGACGGGAAAUCCGAGGGUGGCAAAGGAGGAGGGGCCUCCUCCCCUUCCUCAGCUGCCUCUUUCCCAUAUUUAUACAAUCCACUUUUGUACAAUCCAUUGUUUGCCCAGAGCCUGGGCGGAUUUUCUCUACCUCCGAACAUCCCAACUUCCUUCGCGGCGCUUGCUCAAGCUAGUAUUAUGAAUGGACUGCGUGGUGAGCGAGAGAGCGACGAAGUUGUGAUCUCAGAUGAGGAGCAGGUCGAAGCUCAGGAUCUCUCCGUCAAGAAGAGCAGCAGUAGUGCCGAAAAGGCAGAAAGGAAAGAGAGACACAAGGAAAAGCACAGAAUGAAAUUAAAGGCACGAGAAGAGGCAAUGGCCGCCAUGGCUGGCGAUGAUGAUUUACCUCAAGACUUGAGCAUGUCAAAGCCAAAAAAGAGCCAUUCUGACAAAGAAAAGGACAGACAUCAAGAGAAAAGUAAACUAGGGUCCCCUCAGAAACACAGUACACCCCUUAAGACUACCCCCGAGAAAGAUGGGGAACAAGAAAUCUCCCCUACUCAGUUGAAAGAAUCUGCCCCUUCAAAGCCCUCUCCUAAGCGAGGUUCUUUUCUUGAAAAGGCCAUAGCAAAGUUGAAGAAGGCCACGGAAGGGGAAACGAACACUAAAGAGGACGGUGAGAAGGAAGAGAAAAGUUCAAACGUGGAGGAUGUGGAAAAUAAAGAACAGGGGGAGGAAGUCUCGACGUAACAGUGCGACUGACACGUUGUGUGCAUUUGUGAUAUCGUGGUUAACCUUACUCGCUGCUAGCUGCUGGGAGAAAGACGUAUUUGAAGUAAAGGGAGUACUUAUGAUUUUGUGGGCCCGGUGGAAUUUUAUGCUGACGCAGAAGAGAAAAUCAAACGGGUCUCUCUCAUAUACAUACAUUACAUACACCUUAUCUCAGGAAAUUCAAGACAAUGUGCAAAGUUCAUUUUGUUUAUUUGAAGUAUUAUUAACAUUUAUUAGUCUGACUGUUGUGUUCUGUUGUCAUGGCAACACGUUUUGGCAUUGGAGCUGGAGGUUUGAGUUUCCAAGUUUUCAACUGAUUUUUUUUUAUUUAAAACGAGUGAGUACACUGCAAGCAUGAACCUUUUUAAACACCUUCUCUGGAUUUAGUCAAUGGUUUAUCACGUCUUUAUUCAUGUUUGUAACAUGAAUCUUUUUCUGGGAUUUGAUGUGUAGGGCAUUUUGAUUUGGAAAAGAAAAUUCUGUCAGAAGAGGGUUGGAUGCCGGGGCGAAGGUGCUAUGCAAAAAUACACGAACUUUUCUGUGAGAUUUGGCAUGUUUUAGUCCUCAAUACUGCAAAUCAUCACCAAACCACUGUGAUACCAAUUAAUUAAUGAGUUGAAAAUUUUAUCAAUUAAUGCCAUUUAACAGGUGGCUUCUUACUGUUAUAGUUGUUGUCGUUUAAAAUGCAGACAAAUCAUUUCAUGCAGUGUUCUUUUUUAGCAUAGCGCUUUGGUGGGCCGUGCUAUAUACUUUGCCAGAAUUUUUCGUCCAAUUUUUUUUAAACCUAGAAAUGGGUGGAUUUAAAACUACAGCAAGGGCAGGGAGAUAUGAGCUUCUUUUGGCAGGUAGAUACUUUGCGAUGACUCGGCAGGUUUUAUGUUUCUUUUUAAGUCCGGCUGCUGGUAUGAAAUCCCGACGUCUCCCUAUUCGUAGUCAAUGGCAAUUUUCCAAAAAACGAAUAGACUUAAUUGCUGUUUAUAUACAUGGAUCUUAUUCAGGGAUCUAAUAUUAAUAUUAUUAUCAUCGUUUUCUUUUUUGUUGAUUCAUGUAAUGUGGUGCAACAGAAACUUUUGUUUAAUGUAAAAUAAUUGUACAUAAUAUCAGUUAGUUAGAGAACACGUGCGUCGGGAGAUAGCUACCCGUGUUUCUGAACAUGCUCCUUCACCACGACACCUCGGGGAAUUGGAUCUCAAAAAAUUAGGACAUGUAAUGUGCCUGUAGUGACUGUAUACAUCAUUCUACCUUGGUCGAAUUAUUAUUAUUACAAUUAUUAUUAAUAUGGAUAUUGAUAUCACAAUUAAUACUAUUUAAUUUCGAUUUGUACCUUGUAAAUGUGUGCUGUUCUACAGCAUGAAAACUCCAUUAGACAAUACUUGUGCUUUGUGAAUUGCAUUUGUGAAUUGUUGGGAGAGAGAUUCUGAUAUCGAGUAUCUAUCUCAGAUUUGCUUUCUAAUGUUUGUGUUUACAACAUUGACCAUGGAUAUUUUACGCGUAAAAUCGUUUUGAAAUUCAAUCAUGUGGGAAAACUCGUCACAUUCCCCGUUUUAUACACUGCCUUUCAGCGAUUCCCAAGCUUUGUUUUAGACCAACCCCACGUGCAUUUAAAUUAUGAUUGCCCUUAUUGUCUGUAACUUGAACAUAUAAAAAGUGCAUAUUUGUAUAAUAGCGUGCCCAUACACCGUCUACUUAAAACAUUGUAAAUAGCUUCCGGGAUGGUCGAAAAUAAGGCUUGGGCACAGGGGAAAGCGGUCAGGAUGUCCUAUCUCUUACUGCGGACUUGAAAGUCUAACAAACCAAUCACGAUACCCCGUGUUCAUUAUGUAGUAAUGACACGCAGAUCCCUAGUUCACUUUUUUCUUUUCUUAACUGUAAAUAGAACUUUUUUGCUUGAUAGCCUAGAACAUACAUUCUAUUAUAUAAUCAUAUACCAUAUCACAGCGUGUGUAAGUAUUACAGCUUGAUAUUUAUUGUUACUGAAAAACAACGUUGAAAUACAAGACUGGAAAACGAAAUUCUGAUAUUUUAAUAAUAAAGUAUGGCUUUGGUAA